CGAGAUUCGCUCUACUUGUUGCGGCGAAUUUAGCCAGUAUCGUGGCCAUGCGGAUAAGCGGAGUGAUGGGCGCAAGAUGGAGUCCAAGAAUCGAGAUAAGGAGCAUCAGCUUGUUGAGGUGCAGAGGGGUGCCAAGUUGUACCAAGAUGGUGUGCAGCAUCCCCCUGAGAAGAAGAGGAAGUUCUCCCCGAUGUUAUGGGAUGUGGAGGACAGGGAAAUCAGGAUAUCAUCCAAGAACCGAGUGGUUUCAGCCACCACUAUUUUAAGUCCUCCUGUGGCUCCAUCUACAAUGUCAUCGAAUGAUGAGUCGGGUGGCUGUGUUUUGAACUCCUCUAUCUCGUUGGAGCUGGUACAUGGAUCUGAUCUUCCUAUGGCUGAUCAAUCUAUAUCUCUCAGUGCAUCUGGAUGCAAGGCCCAGGCAUUGCAUCAGGAGCAAAGCGAGGCUGGUGAUCAAGAUGACAGUAUGGUCGAGGAUGGAGAAUUUGUUCAUGAGAGGACCAUCUCUAUGUCACGAUGGGCAUUUGAUAGUGAUUCACCAAGUCUUAUCUGUGCAUCCGAUGAUGAAGAAAUCAUACUGGAGAAUAGAGCAUUGGUCACAAAGAGGUCAAGUCCAGAGAGUGGGGAGUUUCUUCCAGGAGGCUCAGGUCAUCGAACAAGGUCUUCUGGAUCUGAUGAGAUUGGGCUGGCUGGUGGAGCGAGUGUAGGGGAAUCUGAAGAUGGUGACCAAGCUGUCGUCAUGGAUGGGGAUCGCACUUAUCUUAGCGAUGCAGACAACAACCAUGAUGACACGCAUGUUGAGAACAAUAGAGAACAUCAAGAGUUUGAAGUGUCCUCAUUGCCUGCAAGACAAAGUAUAAACAUGCUUCAUUCUUGCAGAAGCGUCUUUGAAUAUGAAAGACUGAACAAGAUUAAUGAAGGCACUUAUGGUGUUGUCUACCGUGCAAGGGAUACGAAAACAGGGGAAAUAGUGGCUUUGAAGAAGGUGAAGAUGAACAAACAGGACUCUGAUGGUGGUUUUCCCCUAACAUCUUUGAGGGAGAUAAACAUUUUACUGUCCUUAAAUCACACUUCUGUUGUAGGUGUUAAAGAAGUCGUUAUGGAUGAUGAUAAUAGUAUAUUUAUGGUCAUGGAGUACAUGGAACACGAUCUCAAGGGGCUGAUGGAAGCAAGGAAGCGUCCUUUCAGUACAAGUGAAGUCAAAUGCCUGAUGCUUCAGCUAUAGGGCGUCAAGUAUCUUCAUGAUAAUUGGAUACUUCAUCGUGAUUUGAAGACAUCGAAUCUUCUUUUUAACAACAAGGGUGAGCUAAAAAUAUGCGACUUUGGGUUGUCAAGGCAGUAUGGGAGCCCAUUGAAGCCGUAUACUCCUCUCGUUGUUACCCUGUGGUACAGAGCACCUGAACUUUUAUUGGGAGCAAAACAGUACUCAACAGCAAUUGAUAUGUGGUCAAUAGGGUGUAUUAUGGCUGAAAUGUUGGCCAAUGAACCGCUUUAGGGAAAUAGUGAAGUCAAUCAGCUUGACAAGAUUUUCAGGACUCUUGGCACACCCAGUGAGAAAAUAUGGCAUGGAUUCUCUGAAUUGCCUGGUUCAAAAGCGAACUUUGUUAAACAACCGUAUAAUUUGUUGCGAAAGAAGUUUCCUGCUGUAUCUUUUACUGGAACUACUGUUCUUUCUGAAUUGGGGUUUGACUUGCUGAACAGGCUUCUGACAUAUGACCCAGAGAUGAGAAUAACAGCAGAUGAAGCCCUUGAACAUGAUUGGUUUCGUGAAGUUCCACUGCCUACUUCUAAGGAUUUCAUGCCAACAUUUCCCCCUCUGCAUACUGUUGUCAGAUGAUUGCCUGCAGCCAGAUUGGAUUUUUGGACAAAGAAUUUAACCUGCAGUUCUCCCUGGAACAAUUUGAUUUGUUUGAGAUGGAUGUCUUUCUAAACCUCCUGCUUUGAUUUCUAGGCAUCUGGAAGAUUGUCUUGCUGGAGGAAGAGUAACUGCAGGGUGCAUAAUUGCAUUUUCUGUCCUUGGCAGGAACCUAGAAGAAUCAUUGAUGAUAGUAA